AUGUAUCGUGAUCUGGGGGAAAAGGGGGGGAAGAGUGUUACUCCAGAAUCUCUAGAAUGUCCAUUCCACGGAUUUGCUGAUUUCCUGGGUACCGGGUCUCCGACGGUGAUCCAGGGCGCAUUUAUCGGGAAUUUUGGACCCCCUUCGAUCGCGGAUGGACCUGCCCGUGGUAUCUGCUUGUAA